UAUGUGAGAUUUAACGAAUGAGAACGGUUCGAAUAAAAUUUUAUUAAUCUAUAUCUGUUCUGCGGAGAUUCAAAAGCAGAUUCAGUUUUUUGUUCGAUCUCGAGUCAUGAAAUUCAUAACUGAAUCAGUAGCUCUGAUAUUGGUGACUCUAACUCAGGUCCAUGUCAAAGGUUACGAUCUCCAACCUGCAGUAAGCUGCCCAAAUGAAUGUAUAUUGCUGCUAUGCGAAACGCGAAACCCCAAGAUCUACGCAGCGCAGCGAUACACCUCAAGAUGUGGCACUUGUUGGUCCACCGUUUUGUCGUCCAGUUCCAGAUAUUCGAGUCAGUCGUCGAUGAAAAUGUACGUCACCAGUAAAUGUCAGAGAUCUUGCGUGCUGGAUUUGAUAGAAAUGUCUUCGGGAAACACCGGCCUCUACAGAAAAGACCUCACGAGUUGCGGUUCGUGUUGGUCGUCCAUCUACCAUUCUUCCGAGAACACGCAGUUGAUAUCGGUGACUAAAAUGAAAAUUAUCAUCGAGGGACUCAUGAAAAGGUUCCCUGUUCAAGAUCGCUAUUCGGGUGGUUCUAGUGACAACGAGAUUUUCAUCAAUACCCCUGAAAAGAAGAACAAUGGCGUGUUGAUUGAAAUCGACACCGGUGAUAAGGAUCGUCAACAAACUAUUGGCGACAAUGAACACGGUAACUACCAAGGACACGGGGUUGGUGUAGCUCACAUUGAACACGAGUCUCUACUCUUUCAUUCAGCUGGAGGCGGGAAUAAUAUCAACCAAGGGAAUAAUGGCUUAAUCUCUGCAGGUAUCGGUGUGGGAAUUUCAGGGCACCAUUCACAGUCCCAGCAAAUUUUAGAGCACGCAAAUGUUGGAACGAAUUCAAUCCACGGUUCAUCAUCUAUUUAUGGCAUCGGAGGAACGCAGCAGACUGGUCAUCUGGAACAUAAUGCGAUCCAAGGAUCGUCUAGCCAUACCAUCAUCGGAGGCAUCCAUGCAUCCGCAGGAGUGCAUUCUGUGAACGGCGGACAUAUGGGGUCCUCCGUGUAUGGUAUCCACAGCGCAGGAAUUCAAGGUCAUAUAUCGUCAAAUCACGUGAUACAAGGAAAUAUUGGUCACAAUGCAUACCAAGCUCACGGCAUCAUCGGUGGAAUACACCAGGAAGAAGAGCAUGUCUUAGAGCAUGGAAUUUAUGAGUCGAAUAAUAAUGUAAUAGAUCAUUCAAAGGAAGAACGUCAGAAAGCGCAAUUAGAAGUUGAGUCGCACCAAGAAGAACAUGAGUCGCACCAAGAAGAAAAUGAGUCGCACCAAGAAGAACAUGUGACGGAGCAAGUAGAACAUGGGGUGGAGCAAGAAGAACAAGAGUCAGAACAGGAAGGAGUAUCAGGAGUCGGAAUACAUGGGGUUAUAGAGCAAGAACAUAUAAAGGAAGAACUGGAAACUGACAGUCAUAUCGCAGAAUCAGAAAAUGUCGAAGAAGGAAUCGACGAGUCCAUUGGCGGAGGAGAAAGUGAGCAACAUUGUGGAGGAUCAUCGGGCUCUCACCACAAGGUGGAAGUCAACCACAGUAUAAGUACUCAAGAUGUGGUUUGCUUCUGCAAGAUUAAGAAUGUUCCCGGACAGAUCUCAGCCACAAUUAUAAAUGAAAAUUAUUUCCAUAAUUUCGAAUAUGGCUCCACGAAAUGGAAUCCUUUGUAUAGUUACGAAAGUCCCAAUUAUCCAUUCUUCAAAACUUCACCAUUCGACUAUGUUUAUUCUGCAACGAUUGGAAAAAUCAGCAAUUUCGGAAGCACGUUGAUUUCUGAAUUAUUCAAAUACAAGAAGGCCCUUCUGAAAGUAUUCGGCAAAUCGCUCUUCUCGAAACUAACCGGCUCAAUAAAGAGAGAAGUGAAAUUGGUGCUUGAAGGAUUCAAUGUUCUCGAACCCUUGAAGACCUGCGGCAGCACGCCGCAAAACAGCGAAUAUAGUUACGUUUUGAGAGGUUGUAUAGUCAAGAUUUCGAGAUGCGUGGUCGAUGACAUUCAUAAUAUGGUAAAUGAUCUAUUGUUGGCAUAUUCCAAGCUAUCCCCUGGGAGUUCCUUCUCUGGCGGAGCAACUUUCAUCUCAUCGUUCGAAAAGAGGAUUUUUUCAUGCGGUAACAAACAUUUUGCCAGUAAGAUUCGCGGGAAAAAUAUCAAGUGUGGAUUAUCUAAGCUGUUUGAAUUUUAAUAAUCUGUAUAUUCAUCAUUUCUAAAGGCUUUUUUUGUAUUAUCAUUCUUUAUGGUUUAACUUACUUUUAGUGAAGUUAUUGUUUUACACAUAUCUAAUGGAAUUCAGUAGUAACUUUAUGUAUAAUUAUUGUUAUUGCCGAAUAAAUUGGUAGAACAAUA